UCGGCGGGCGCGGCGCCAUGUGAGCGGCGGGCCGGGGCCGGGGCCGGGACCGGGAGGAGCAGCCGGCCGUGCCCCCCGGGACGGCGGGGCGAGCCCCGGGCGGCGCUCGGAGCCAGCGGCAUGGUGGAAAACCCCAGCCUGGCGGCCAAACCCACCCUGCCGGCCGCCCCGCCGCGGGGCCCGGGGGCGGCGGGGGGGCUGCGCUUGGCGGCGGUGAUGGAGAGCCUGCAGCGGCAGCAGGCGGCCCGCCUGGCCCGCGGCCCCGACGGCGCUCCCCGACGGCCCCCGGUGGAGCCCGGCCCCGGGCCGCCGCCCGCCGCUCCCCGUCGGCGCCCGGCCUCCGACCCGCGCCCGCCGCUCCCCACUGCGGGGGAGGAGGAAGGGGACGAGGAGGAGGAAGAGGAAGAGGAGGACGAAGGGGAGCCCCGCGACCCACCGCCACCACAGCACCACGAAUGGACCUACGAGGAGCAGUUCAAGCAGCUCUAUGAACUGGAUGAGGACCCGAAACGCAAGGAGUUCCUGGAUGACCUCUUUGGCUUCAUGCAGAAGAGAGGAACACCAGUGAACCGCAUCCCCAUCAUGGCCAAGCAAGUGCUGGACCUGUACACACUGUACCAGCUGGUGACAGACAAGGGUGGCCUGGUCGAAGUCAUCAACAAAAAGAUCUGGCGGGAGAUCACCAAGGGCCUCAACCUACCUACCUCCAUCACCAGCGCUGCCUUCACCCUCCGCACACAAUAUAUGAAGUACCUGUAUCCCUACGAAUGUGAGAAGCGGGCACUCAGCUCUCCCGGAGAGCUCCAAGCUGCCAUCGACAGCAACCGUCGGGAGGGGCGGAGGCAGACUUUUGGCACAGCACUCUUCAACUACUCACCAGCCAGCACCCCAAGCCUGCUGGGCACCCCCAAAAUUCCUCUGCCAGCUCUUAGCAUCUCCACACACAGCUGUGGCCAGCUCAGCCAAGUGCACAGUGUUAAGAAAGAGGACGGAAUGCUGGCAGCAUCAGUGCCGGGGCACAUUGCUAUCCCAGUGGGACUGGCUGGCCACCAUCUCACAGCAGCCCAGGCAGCAGCUGCCUCACAGGCAGUGGUGCUGGAGCAGCUGCGGGAGAAGCUGGAGACAGGGGAGCCCCCAGAGAAGAAGGUGGCCCUGACAGUGGAGGAGCAGCAGCAGCUGGUGCAACAUGCGCUUCAGCACAACCUUCUGGCCAUGGCCUCCCAAUUCCCCAUGAACAUCAAGAUCUCCAACCGAGAUGACAGACAGGAGACUGCAUUGAACCUGUCCACCAACAGCAUUAGCAGUAUCAACAUGUCAAUAGAAAUAAAUGGAGUUGUCUACACAGGUGUCCUCUUCGCCCGCCGGCCCUCAGCCACCCUGGCACCUGGUGGAGGGAGUACCCAAACCCGUCCAAACUCCAUGCCUGCUCCAAACCCCCUGCUCCCAGCCUCCUCUCAAAGCCACACUCCCACUAGCACCUCACUGUAAGGCAGAUGUGCCCCCACCCUGAAAGCAGCUGGGGGUGCCCAGAGUCUGGGAUCUGACCUGUGGGACCUGCUGGGCCAGCAGGGUGGGAUGCGGGACCCAGAGGUGCCUCUCACUGCAAUGCUGAGCUGUGUCCAUGCAAGGCUGGGAACACCCAUGCUGGCCCUUUUAUCCCUUAUCCCCAUGUGUGCCAUCUGACAGACACACACACACACACGUUCCUUCCCAUGUCACCACCCCCAGGUGACCCUCCCAUACAUCUCCUGCUGCCCUGAUGCCUGGGGGACCCCUGGGACCUGCAUGCUGCAUCCCCUACAUCCUGCAGUCCCUAACCCACCUCAAUGCACGCACUGCUGCUCCUGUACACACCUCAGUGCAUACACUAUAUCCCCGGCACACACCCUUGAUGCCCACAUUGCCUCUCCAUACACACCCUCCGUGUAAACACUGCAGGCACGAUAUACUGCAGCCCCUGUAAACUGUAGCCCCUAUACACUGCAGCCCCGAUAUAUAUACUGCACCCCCUACCCACUGCAGACGCCCCUACCCAGUCCUCCUGUGCUGCCUGGGCUUGAUGUCCCUGCCCUGAGACACCCCCAGGGUGGUGGCAUCUCAGCCCCCCAGGUCCUCAGCUCAGGGGGAUCACUCUGGGGGGGGCAAAUAAUGGGGAUAUUGGUGGGAAUGGUGCAGGUGAAGCUUAUUGGGGUGUGGCUGGGGUUGGAGGUUUGUUGGUGGGGGGAGGGCAGAGUUGCCCAGUAGAUCCCCCCUACCACCAAAGACUGUUGGGUGCCAGGGUCCCCAGAUGGGUGACAGGGAGACAGAGGGUACUCUGAACUACCUCGUUGGGGCUGGGCAGGCGCCUCCUCCACCCGUGUGUACCCCAGGGUGCCAAAGCAGGUGAGCGUGGAGCGAUGCUUACCUCUACCUCAGUGCAGGGGGCUUGGCAGCACCAGCCUGCUCCCCGUACUCCCACUGCAGCUGCGCAACUCUGUGUAUCUAUUAAAGGAAAUUAACUCCUGAACCAAAAUGGUGCUGAGGGUUGUGUGCAGGGCACAG